AUGGCGGACGACAAAAGGGCCGGCGAAAAAGCUAGCGAUAACAAAUCAACCGAAAAGAUUACGCCAGAGACAAAAGCAUCAGAAGGAGAAAACACAGAAGAGACAUCGAAAGACGAUGGGAUGACCGAAGCCCAACAUAGUGAUGGCGUGUCUGCCGAGGAUGAGGUCGCGAAACUAUCAGUCAUACGGCAACACUUGUCUGCAGAAAUCCCCGAUCUGUUCUUCAAUGUGCUCUCGAAGGAAGGCCUAGGCCUCCCCAGUCAAUUCCACUACCCAAGUGCAUACGAUUGGCUGCGGAAGAUCAUAUAUAAAUUCCACGCCAAGGGUGAAAAGGCGGACGACGAUGACGAGGGGAAGCAAAGUUUGUUCUCUUUGCAAUUCAAUUGUAUUCGCUUUCGCUGUGCUGCCUGUCGAGAACCUUGCCAGGAUACCAAAACCAUGUCUCCAAUAAAAGGACAUUCUGGUUUAUUGUUUCCCUGUGGACACAUUAUCGGAGAUUCUUGCAGACAGAAGGGGGAUGUUGACCAGGAUACCGCCGAGCCGUGCACUCAUCGCGUUGUGUUCGACUGUGCACACAGUUUUGAACUUGCGGUCAAACUUCCUGGUGUGCUGAGUGGUGACGGAAUGGAAAUCCCGAAUGAUUUUCUUCUAGUUAUAAAACCCAAUAGCAGGGUCCCUUCAAUAUGCCGGAAAUGUAUAAUACAAGGCCAUCUUGACCGAUGGACGACCGAAGCACGUCUUAUUACAGGAUAUGAAAAACUCUGGGCGAUGUGCGGUCUUCUACGUGGUAUGGAAGGGGAUGAUCCCGGGAUCCUAACACCGGCAAAAAGAUAUACAGACAAAUUGGAAGGGAGAGUAACUCAACAUGCCCAGGUCCUGCAAAGGUUGUUGGAAGAAACGCCCGAGCCCUCCAUCACCGUGGAGGAGUACAGGAGAAGAGGUAUUCCUCGUACGCAAAGAGCUGUUCUUCGCGAAGAUCUUGAGUACUACAUUGGAAAGGUCGAUUAUUUCGUUGAGGUUGAAGUCGAUAGUGACUCUCUGGAAGAGGAGUAUGAGCAUGAUAACGAUCACGAACUCCCUCCGUUGAAGAGUUCCUCGUGUGCACCGGAGGGUAAGGAGAAUACACCACAGAGCGUUGCACGCCAAAGCUAG